ACGUGCGUUUUGCAAGGCCAGCGCGCGACCCGUGACGCCGCGACGCGCGAUGCCGGACGCUGCAACGUUGUAGUCGGAGUGUAAACAAAAAAGUGUAAACAAGACCCCAACGCGGCUCGGGUGUGAAGCUGCUGCAGAGAUUUCAAGUUGUCUGACAUCCAUGAACUUGGUGUCUGGUGGUCGUGUCGUGGUGGUGAACUUGGGGUUUUAAGAAUUUUCUUACAACACACACAAUGCCUCCUAGAAAGUUGGUAGAGACGUUGGAGCACAUGUGCUUCAUGGUGCUUGCAGGCAACAUUCACCAGAUUGCAGUAGAUUUAGAAGAAGGAGUUGAAAGUUUUAAGGUAUCAGAGGAACAGCUGGCUAGUAUAGUUGAAUCUCUCCCAGCAGUCAUAAAUGAAAAUUUGAUAACAAAAGUGAUCGAAACAAUACACCAAACUGUAAGCAGGACACGUAGAACUAUUGGAAUGGCAACCUGUCUUCGCGUUCUUUUGCAGCCUUGUGUUCAAACCUUAGAUCUGAGUGGACUGUUCUUUAAAAUGAGACUCCCAGGAGCAAUAAAUAUGACAAUUAGAAGUAUUGUAUUGAAACAAGUGGAAAGCAUGAAGAAUCUGACUGUUUUGAAUAUGGUAAGCAAGUGUAGUGAUGAAAUUUUGCACAUGGUCAGCCAGAGAUGCAAAGGCAUUGUUGAUGUCAAUGUUUCCAUCUCAGAUUUAGUAACAGAUGCUGGACUAAAAGCUUUGGCUGUCGGAUGCCCAAAAUUAGAAAAACUCGGCAUAUACAAGUGCUGGGAAGUGACGACAGAAGGCAUAGAGCAUGUUCUUCGGCAUUCAAAGAACUUACAAAGGCUUCAGAGUGACCAGUUGGGUUCUGUUUUGAUCAACAAAUUCUACAAGUCAGAUAUUGAAUUCAAGCUAACACAUUUCGAGCAAACUCAGACACUGUUUGAGCCCCUUGAAGAAGAGAUAGCGUGGGUGGGCAGAGCCUGUCCGGACUUAGAAUCUGCCAGUCUUUUCUUGGAUGAUGAGAGUUUGGCUCUGCUGCCUAAACUGGGUGAUGUCAAAAUAUUAGAAGUUGAAACAUCAGCAGUACUAGGCAAAGGGUUCGUAAAAGCUGUGACAAGUUUAGGACAUUGUCUUACAACCCUGCAACUCAACUGUGAUGAUGUAAGUCAAGAGAAACUAGUGCUUUUGGGAAAGCAGUGCCCUCACUUGACCACUUUGCACAUCACCACGGCCACAGUCGAAGGAGAUGAAAGACUGCUAAAUCCGGGUCAUCUGUUCUCGUCUCUUACCUCACUGCACCUCCAAGUUUGGAAAGAAGCCGUCAUAAGUAAUGAAUGUGUGGAAUUUUUCCUUCUGUGGUGCUUCAAGCUUGAAUCUCUUGUACUGAAAGCAGAGGUUGAAUUUCUGACUGACCAGUAUUUGAAUAGAAUUCUUCUCGCCAACCCUCUGAAGCAGGCGAAGCGAAUCAUCAUUGCAUCUGAUAAGCAUGUACCCCUUACAUACGCAAGUGUUCAUCGCCUGAUUGCUUCCUGCCCGAACCUGGAUAACCUUGGGGUGUCAUCGUGGAAUCUCACCGAGGAAGAAUUCUUCCAAAUUCGAGAUGAUGCCAAGAAAAAUAACUAUAAUCUGAUGAUCUCCUAGUGUGGAAAGACUGUCCACUGCAGCUUGUUUUCAAAUAAAAAUUAUUUGAUGUAAACUUGAACAGGUGUAACUGUAACUUAAUCCCACAGUAUUAUUAUUAUCAUUAUUAUUUUUUUGUGCACUGUAUUUCCAAAUGUUUUUUUUUUUUUUUUUUAAUAAGAUGAAAGAAUAGUGGCAAAUAGGUCUGUUUGUUUUUGGUAUUUCAUGUUCACAACAGCUGUACAAGAUAAGCACUGCUCAAUAAAAUAUUUUAUUAUAUUUUUCUGAUGUGUAUUUUAGUAGCAGGUGAAGCAGCUAAGGUAGAUUUCUUGUAUAGAUACUUGGACAACUGUUAGUAAUCUUGUAACCCAUUUAUGAACUGCAAGAUGCACUGCUUCAAAGUAGCUUUGUAGUAUAAUGGAAUAGGAAAAAAGGAGAUUACAAAAUGAAUAGAGUUUAUUGUAACAAAUGUAGAAAUGGUUAUGAAAAAAAUGAAGAACUUUCACAACUCAAGAGAUGAACAACACCAAUUUUGAUAAUUUCUUGGUCAGAAAUGUUUCUGAUGAAGAUAUAAUAUCACAAAUCAGAUACAUGCUCUGUGGAGUUAUUCAUUCUCAUUCAUACCUUUUUCUAGAGAUUACAAAAGCAGGCAGAGACGGGAUAAACUUCCUUCUGAAGUGACUUUUUAAUGAAUGGACUGACAUCAAGAAUUAACAGCACUGUUAUUUGUUUUAUGGUACAAAUUUUAUCUUCACUGAACAAAACUUCAUGUCAGAUGUACAAAUGAAUGGGAUAGUACUGCUGGAAAACUCCCAAAUUCAGAGUACCUUACCAAA